GCAAGGGGCGGUGCGACGAGGAGGGGCCGAGAGGAGCGGUUAGAGGUGGGAGUUGGCGUUGCGGGCCGGGCGGGGGCCGCGGAGCUGCGAUGUGGACGGGACCGCGGCCGUGACCGGAGCUGCCGCCCGACAUGAACUCGCUGGAGCAGGCAGAAGAUCUCAAGGCUUUCGAGAGGAGACUUACUGAAUAUAUUCAUUGUUUGCAACCUGCCACUGGACGUUGGAGAAUGCUGCUUAUAGUGGUAUCUGUCUGUACAGCUACGGGUGCCUGGAACUGGUUGAUAGAUCCUGAGACACAAAAGGUGUCCUUCUUCACAUCAUUAUGGAAUCAUCCGUUUUUCACCAUUAGCUGUAUCACUCUGAUAGGCUUGUUCUUCGCUGGAAUACACAAGAGAGUAGUGGCACCGUCAAUAAUAGCCGCUCGAUGUCGAACUGUAUUAGCAGAGUACAAUAUGUCUUGUGAUGAUACAGGAAAACUAAUUUUGAAACCUAGGCCUCAUGUUCAGUGACAAUCUGCACUCAUUGUUACGGGACCUAAAACAGCCUUUUUCAAACAAGGGGUACAGCAGAAAGCCAUACAGGAUCCCUCUUACAGCUGGAUACGUGACGGCCUCGCAGCAGCAGCAACUGACGAGAAGUGUGCAAUAUUUACCCGGAAUCUUGAGGGGGACGACUCACGUCAUCAGUGCUUUGGUACCUUUGAUUAUCUGUCUUUCAGUAUUAGUGUCACUUUAGUACUUCGGCUCCUGCAAAGAUUUUUGCAGAUGAAGUAUGUACAUUACUAAGUUAAACUUAGAAACAGAACCUCAUCCAGUUUUUAUAAUGUAUUUUUGCAAACUACUGUAAAUAGCAAAUCAAUGCCAGUGUUAAAGAGGAAACGUCCUGUGGACGGUGAUCUCCUGCUCCAGUGCGUCAGGAACCUCUGCUCGUCAUCCCCACAGCUCCAGAACCUGCCGUCGUGCGUGGCUGUGCCUUUCACUCUCACAGUCCUCUCAAUCACAAUGCAGGAAAAACAUCAGAUCGAGCUUAGACUGAGAUAACUCAUCUCCAUUAUGUUGUCAGAAAUUAUAGCUGUUUUGAGAAACAAUUUUUGUUAAACCAGAUAGUGAACUUCAGCCACUAUCGUGAUAUUUUCCUGUUCAUUGUUUUCAUUUCAUGCUAAAUUUGCUUUAUAUUUUUUUAAUAAUUUUAAGAACACUCCAAAGGCUUCUGAAUAUACAAGUUUAGUUGUAAAUUAUGUAUUGUCUGGGAAUUUGAUAGUCGUUUUAGAUAAUUGGAUUUUAUGCCGUGGCAGACGUGCUGGUACACCAGUAUCGCACAGGCGUGACUGACCAUCCACCCAUCACCAAGAGAACUUGGGAGCAGUGCCACAAACUAGUCUACAAUUCUCACUGUUUAGAGAGUGUUAUUGACAUACUGUGUAUGCAUAUUAGCCACAUGUACUAUAAUAGCCCUUAAAAUUAAACUAUUGGGAUUAUUGUAAAUAUUUUAAAGAACUGGAGGUGCCUUUUACCUGUUUAUUAGAAGAUUUUGAAAAGAUUUAAAUUAUUCCAUGAGCGAUCUUUAAAUUUCAUUUAAUGUAAAGCUGAAGAUUCAAUGACAGGACAAAAACUUUUUAACAAGGCUACCAUUUAACUUAAAUGUCUUCAUCUUGGCUCUCACGUGUAUAAAAUUUUAUUCUUUGAACUGUAGCAAUAAAACCCUCUGCUCCUAAGAAGUCUUAAGGGGACAUUCUAUAUAUUCUGCAUCAUUUUAUUUUCUGUAAAUUUUGUAGGUAAAUAUGUGCAUAAAAAUAAAUACUUUAUAUAUAAUUAG